AUGGUGUGGGAUCACCUUGAUAUCGACAAGCCGCACUUGGCCUACAUGAUACUUGGUGGCUUCACGGGCCUGUUCAUGCUGUGCUCGCUUUUUGUGAAAGAGAAGCUCUACAUUGGCGAAGCCACAGUCGCCACCCUUUGCGGCAUCAUCUUCGGUCCGCAUGCUGCAAAUCUAUUCAACCCCAACGAGUGGGGGAACGUCGACAAGAUUACGCUCGAGUGCUCGCGCAUUGUACUAGUCGUACAAUGUUUCGCUGUCGGCGUCGAGUUGCCCAAGGCCUACAUGGAGCGCCAUUGGAAAUCGGUCACCCUGUUGUUGGUUCCCGUGAUGACCUGGGGCUGGUUGAUGACCAGCCUGUUUAUUUGGUGGAUAGUGCCUCCAUUGAACUGGCUCGAGAGUCUAGUGUGUGCCGCCUGCGUCACAGCUACCGAUCCUGUCUUGGCAUCAUCCGUUGUCGGUAAGGGCAAGUUCGCCAAACGUGUUCCCAAACAUUUGCGUGACAUCUUGUCCGCCGAGUCGGGAUGUAACGAUGGCAUGGCCUUUCCGUUCAUUUACCUGUCAUUUUACAUUCUGCGCUAUCGACCCGAUGCUAGUACGAUAUCUCUGAACUGGUUCUGCGUGACAAUUCUCUAUGAGUGUAUCUUUGGUGCCAUCUUCGGCUUCGUCGUUGGAUAUCUGGCCCGUCAUGCCAUCAAAUUGGCCGAACGCAAGAGCCUGAUUGACCGAGAGAGUUUCCUUGUCUUCUACUUCGUUCUGGCCGUCUUUUGUGCCGGUGCUGGCAGUCUGCUGGGCAUGGACGAUCUACUUAUUGGGUUUUCAUGCGGUGUCGGCUUCAGUAAUGACGGUUGGUUUACGGAGAAGACAGAAGAAUCGCACGUCUCUAAUGUCAUCGACUUGCUGCUCAACUUGGCCUACUUCGUCUAUUUCGGUUCCAUCAUUCCCUGGGAGGACUACAACGCCCCCGACCUCGGCCUGACUCCCUGGAGACUCGUGGUAAUCGCGAUAUUGGUCAUUUUCUUCCGUCGCAUUCCAAUUAUGCUUAUGUUAAAACCCAUCAUACCAGACGUCAAAACCUGGCGGGAAGCGCUCUUCGCAGGUCACUUUGGUCCGAUUGGCGUGGGCGCCAUCUUUGCUGCGAUUCUUGCAAAAGCGGAACUAGAACAUGACAGCACACAGCCACUGCCCCAGAAGGACGUCACUGCAAGUUCGAUAGAGGAUCCGGCGGACUUUGAUGUUGUCCAGCUUAUCUGGCCCAUUACAACGUUCAUGGUUAUCUCGUCAAUCCUGGUACACGGAUCAUCCAUCGCUGUGUUCACUCUGGGCAAACGCAUCAAUACGCUGACAAUUACCUUAUCCUACACGCAAGCCAACGAGGAUGGCCCGUCAUGGAUGAACCGCUUGCCUCGUGUUCAAUCGUUGGCCAAAGGAUCCAUGUCGUUUCGCAAGGCGGAUGAGCUUGAAGGUUCUUCUGAAGAGAAACUGCCCGAGUAUCCUCCCGGAACUUUACCGCCUAUUGGCAUGCCCGGUAACUUUUUGCGUCGCGUUCGUGAAGAGGAUAGCGAAACCCAGAGCACACAAUCGGCUCCCCGGAAGCCUCUCGGUCGCCGCAAGCGUCGCAAGCGCAGCGAUGGCGCUGGUGGUCCAAUUAGCCAGUCUGCUAUCAUGCCCCAGCGACGAACAGAGAGCGAACUCGAUGAAGAACGGAAAGAAGAGCUCGAAGAACGGGACCGCGUGGAACGCGGCGCUUCGCCGCCUACUGCUGAGCGGGAUCGCUUUGGCCGGGAGCCUGAGUUGGAGGUCUUCCAAGAAGGCCAUCACAUGGUCAUCGAGGAUGAAGAAGGCAAUGUGCUCAAGACCGAGGAUACUAGCCACCUGACCCCCGAGGAGCAGGCGCGUCACAUUGAGCAACAGCGCAAACGACUGGAGGAAGACCGGUCUGGCGAGCUUGCUCAGUCUCUAAACCAGCCGCAUGACAAGACGGAGGGCGAGAAGAUUGAGGAGACUAUUGGCGAGAAGACCGGACACCCUGUUGGGAAGGCUCGCUCUCGCUGGACCAAUUGGACCGCUUUCGGAAAGGAUAAGUCCAAGGAGCAGCCGGAGGAAGCCAAACCCAAGCCCAAGCCAAAACCCACAGAGGGUGAGAAGCCAAAGGCCCGCUCUGCUCAUGCAUACCAGUUUGGCAACACUAUUAUCGUCGAGGAUGAGGAUGGUGAGGUGAUCAAGAAAUACACCAUCCCAGCUGGAGACAAACCCGCCAAGCCCAAGCCCCAACCCCAGCCAGAAGAGCGGCUACCUGGAAAGGAGCAAGCGCCGCUCCGCACGGGCUUGAAGCGCAUGGGUACCUGGUUCGGUAAGGAAGAGGAGGGUGAGUCUUCGCAGGCCGGUGGCCAAAAGAAGAAACCUGUACCUCGCACCGAGACCGACGACUGGGCUACGGAUGACGGUCUACGGUUCACCCUUGCUCAGAACCAGGAGGUUGACUCCAAAGGCAUUGGCCACAAGGGCCGCCGUAUGACCAAGCAUGAGUUCUUCCAGCAGAUCAAGGGUCUGGAUCCGAAGACUCGCCGCGACUUGGUGCAGCAGACCGACGCACCUGCUCCUGUCAAGGUGGCCGCCCACGAAGACGUCAAGCAGGAUGAGAAACAAGAGCGUCGCCUCUCUGCCGCCGCCGCUUCUGCUGCCACCGGCGCAAUCCCUGGGAAAGUAGACGAAGGUCUCGAGUCCGCGUCCGUCACCGAUAGCGACCUCAGCGACGAGGGGAACCAGUCGAACGAUGACCGCGGCGAGUCUGGCCCCAAUGUCGCAGAUUCCCUGGCCAAAUUCACUCGUGGCAGCUCUGCCCAAGAGCGCCGCAGCAAUCUGAGCCCUACGGCUCGUCCUCGGGACCGCCACCGCCGUGACUCGGACGAUGACGGUACUGAGCGUAUCCCGCCCUCACAUCUGCGCCAAGUAGCCGGCCUGGCAGCGCCACCACGCCAGGCUGAUGAUGAUACUGGUGAGACGCCGGCUGAAAGACGUCGCCGCCUCGCCGCGUUGGGCGAAAUCCACAACGAUUCAUCCGACUCUGAAGGCGAUGUUGCUGUCGUGGAUUCCGAUAGUGAGGGCAAUGACGAGCGUAAUCAGUCGCUGGGCAAGAUACAGUUUGCCGAUGAGCCCAGGCCGUCCGAGCGGUCCAGCCCAGGUGGCGAGCAGUCCUCGUCUGGCUCCGGAUCGGGCAAGUUUACUCCCGGCCACCGACCACGUGUGUCUUGGGGAGGCGAGAAGGGGCGUGAUAUUUAA